AUGACGCUCACACGAGCCCAAACAGGCACGGCCUCGGCCGCCUUCUUCGACCACCACAACCACCACCAACCAAACCCCACCUCCGCAGCCUUCGUCCCCCCCGACCCCAGCAUCCCCGAAUCCACCACCCUCCGCGCCUCCUCCGUCGCGACCGCCUCCAAGAAGCUCCGUGAAACCGCCGUGCCCAACGGCGCCGUCCGCUCCGCCGCCGCCCUCGCUGCUGCCGCCGCCGCCACAAAGACUCCCCCGGGCUGCGCGCUGCCCACGUCCGCCCCUCCUCCUCUCCUGAACCUCAUUCCUCCACCGCUGCCGUUGCCGCUGUUCACUUCUUCGUCGUCGGGGUUAGUGGGACAGGGGGUGCAGGCGCAGCAGGCGCGUGCGCAGCAGCUGGCGCUGGAGCCGCCGUUCGAGUCGCCGGUGAAGGCGCGGCAUGAUGAUGAUGAUUUGGAGAAGCAGCUGGAGAGGGGGAGGAGGAGGGUCGAGGAUGAGGAGAGGGCGAGGGUGGCUGCCGCGGCGGCCAAGGCGAAGGCCACUGCGGAGGAGGGAGAGGAAGGAGGGGAGGAGGAGGAUGAUGCUGGGGGAGAGAUGCGGCUGAAGCACUUCAUGCAGAUGGAGCAUGAGGAUCUGGCGCGGUUUACGUAUCUGAUGUAUAAGGCGAUGGUGGUGGGGUUCGGGGACGGGAAGAGGGCAUUGCUGCAGGAGAGGAUGCAGAGGGUGCAGGAGAGGUUGAGGGCUGGGGAGAGGGCCGGGGGGAUAUUUGACGAGGUGAUUGCGAAGGGGGUUGAAGAGGAGGUGGAGGUUACAGAGGAGAGGGGGUAUGAGGAUGAGGGGUAUGAGGACGAUGAGGAUAAGGAUGGCGAGGUGGGUGAAGAAGAGGAGGAGGAGGAGGAGGAGGAUGAUGGGUACGAGGAUUAUGAUGAGGGGGAGGAGAUGGAUGCGCGUUGGACGAACAAGAAGAUUGAAGACUGGAUACGCACGACGCCCCCACCGCGACCUACUGCUACGGAGAAGGCGCGGAGACGCUCGCAGUCAUCGGACGCAAGCUACUCCACCUCUCCUCAGCCAGAGUAUUAUGACACAGGCCAAGGCAGCACAACCGUCGGCUACUACCCUUACCCCGCCUCGCAGCCUCCAGUCACAUCUUCGCUAUCGUGCCCGGAGCCAGAAGUCCGACCAAGCGCCACGGAGCCUAUGGCUGGACCAAUCUGCGGAGGUCUCAGAACAAUCUCACGCCGCAGCAGCAAAAGAUUUAAAACGUCUGGGCGCAAGCGUCAUUCUCAGGGUUCGCACAUGCCACCAGGCUGUCCGCCAGGCUCGCCGUCGGAUGGUCCUAGCGAUUCCAAGAGCAACGUUUUUGGUCACGGUAUGGGGUUCACGCCAAUCAAGACACCGCAAAUAAAAACGAUGCACUGCUCUUUGUCUUACACGCCGGGGGGAGAGUUCAACAUCAGCGGCAGCAACAGCGCCACCGCUACCGCUGGCACUGGCGGCCCCGUGCAGCUGCCUUCCCUCAGCGGCGGCCUCGAUCCCGGGAUAGAAAAUUGGAACAGCACAUAUAGGACGACGGAUACCUCAAAGUAUUCCUUGCUCGAGGGGUUGAAUGUGGGAUGCGAGGCAGUCGAACCCAUAGGUCAUUCGAAGGAGGAUCUCGAGAGGAUGGCCCACAGGGAAUUGGCGCAGUACACGUUGAAGUUGCAGGAUGAUAUUAAGGGCAUGCGGGAGGAUACCGCGAGUUUGCGCACAGAUCUCGACCGUAUGCGGGUGGAGAUUAUGGGUUUGCGUGGGAUGGUGUGGAACUAG